AUGGAUGUUCAGCCAAUGUCGGAAUGGUUUCGAAAUAUAAAUCUUUUUAAUGAUGAAUUUACCGACACACGUAUUCCAUCUGCAUUAAGUAAUGAAGAAAAUAAGUUAUUAGAAGAAAAUGUUGAAGCAAAAAUGAAAGAACUAACGACUUUACAAUUAGAUAUUGUUGAAAACAGUGAUAGAAUUCAAAUGCUUGAAGAUCAUCAAAAAUUAGUUCAAGAUGAACUUGAAACUAUACAGAGAUUAUUGGCAGCACACCGAAGAGAAGAUACAACUGAACAAACACAUUUACAUAUUGACAUUGCUGAAAUGCAACGUACCGAACGAUUAAUAACAAUUCUAGAAAAUGGUUUGAUUAAAUUUAGAAAACGAAAAACAGAUUUUGAGGCAGAAAUAAAUCAAUUACAUAUACAAAUAGGCAAAAUUAAUGAUGAAACAUUAAUCGAAAAAGAUACAUUAGAAAAAUUAAUUGAUGUUAUUAAGAAAAAUGAUGAGGAAACAUUUUGCUUAAUGAAAUAUACGCGACAAGAUAAUAUUCGCAUAAAAGAAUUAACAGCACAAUUGGAACGAGAUUCAGAAAAAUCAAUAAAAUUAAAACGUGCUAUUGAAGAAGGAAGAAUCGAAUAUUAUGGUCUUCAAGUUGAAUUAGAUAAAAUAGCUGAUAUAUUUCGUCGUUCUUAUACACAACGUCAACAACUUAUUAAACGAUGGGAAACAAUUCUUGUACAAAUGCAGCGAAAAGAUUAUGAUAUUGAUAGACUUGCAAUUGAACUUAUUCAAAUCAAAGCUAAAACACGUAUCAAAGAACAAGAAUUAAGUCAACAAAAAAUAUUCUAUGAACACGAACAAAAAAAUAAUAUUGUUACAGAAAAAUUGAUUCAUUUAGCCAGUAAAAAAAUCAUGUCAUUAAAAGCAAAACAAAUGACAAACAAUAACAAACAAGAACAUUUGAAAACAGAUGUUUUAUCCCUAAAAACUGCCCUUGUAAAUGCGGAAAAUGAAUUACAACGUGCACGUACUAUAUUUAAUGAAUUAAAAACAACUAUUAUCCACAGACAACAAGAACUUAAAAAACUCAAACAACAUCAUCAACAGAUACUUGAUCGAAAAUAUGUUAUACUUAAUGAAAAAUUUUCAAUCGAUGAAAAAUUAUCUAAAUUUGAAAAACUAAUGGAAAAUGAACAAAAAUAUCAAAAUAAUCUAAAUUAUCAAUAUAAAAACCUAUCGGAAACUUGUUUUCUAUUAAAUAAUAAAUUAUUAUUCAUACGUAAACAGGAAAAACAAUAUGAAAUAGAUAAUCAAGCAUAUCAAAAUCAAGUACAUAAUAUGAAAAAUCAAAUAAAUCAAUUAGAUCAACAAUUAUUAAAACAACAAGAAUUAAUUUAUCAUCAAGACUUUAUAAAACAAACAAUUGAUCGUCGUCUUAAUCGAUUAUUAGGUGAAAAAACCAAUGAAAAAUAUUCAGAAUUUGAUUUAAAAAUUCGUGAAUUACAAAAUGAAUAUGAAAAAAAAAAGUAUCAAUAUGAUCAAUUACAAAAUCAAAUUAAAAUUCUUAAUGAAGAAUUAAGAAUGAGUAAGCGUGAUUUUGACCAAUUAAUCAUAGACAAAAAUGAUUUAAAUGAAAAAUUUCUUCAAUUUGAUCUUUACAUAACUUUAAGUGAAAAAUUAAUUAAAAAAAUAAAUAAUGGAAAAGAAGAUUAUCUAGUUGAAGAAAACCUUCUUAAUAUUGAAUUAAAACGAUUAAAAAAUAUUCUAUACAAUUCAAGUGAAAUCAAUUCCAGUUUAGAACAACAACAAAUUGAAUUACAAAAGGCAAUCAAAGAACGUCGUAUGGAAGUACAAGCAAAUAGUCAUUUAUUUCGAAUACGAUUCAAUGAUGAACGAACUAAAAAAGAUACGAUUUCAGCUGAACUUGCUAUGCGUAUUACUAAAGUAUCUAAAUUAAAACAACGAUAUGAAACUUUUUCUAUAACAUUAAAUACCGAGAAAUCUAAUGAAGAUAAUGUUUUAGCACAAGCUCAAUAUGUUAUUAAGUCUGCACAAAUGAAAGAAGAUUUAUUAAAACAAGGCGAUCAAUUAGAAGCACUUGUUAUUAAAGCUGAAACUGAAUUACGAGCUCUUGAAAAUACAGUACAAAUUUUAAAAUGGAAUAAUACUGAUGUAAAAAAAAAUUUUGAAAAAUUAAAUGAGUCAAGUUCAGAAAUAAAUGAAAUGAAAGAAUUUGAAGAACAUUUACGAGCUGUGACAGAACAAGUUAAAAUUCGUCGAAAAUUACUGAAAGAUUUUUCUGAAAGACAUAAUUCUAUCAAACGUUUUCAACAAAUCAUUCGACAACAGCGAAAUAUUCAAGAUAUUAUACAAGAUGAACUUGAUAUUGAUGUACGUUUACAAUCUGAAGCUAAUAAUAAAAUCGAACAACAACUCGUAUCUCUAUGCUUAGCCAUAGGAGAUGAUAACAAUGUCAUUGAAAUAGUUGAACAAUUAUCAGUCGAUCAGUCGUUUAAGAUUACAGUCAAACCAUCAAUUAAUCAGUCAAAUAAACAACAAUGUAAACUUGAAAAAAAAACUCUACCAUCAUUGUCCAAUAUAGACAUCAUUCCAAAUAUUGUAAAUAUUUCUAUUGAUAGUAGUUCAAGAUCAACAACAAGUGAAUCAAGACGUUCAUCGAAAAAGAGUACAUGA